GAGAGAAAGAGAGAGAGAGAGAGACCCAGAGAGAGAAAAAACAGAGAAAGCAAGAGAGAGAGAGAGAGAGAGAGAGAGAAACAGAAUUUUGAAAAACAAACAAUGGGAGACGUUAUUUUGUUUGUGGAGGAUUUGAAAUUAGCUCCUGCAAUCCCGUCAUGUAGAAUCUGUCACGAAGAAGAGUUCGAGAGCUGUAAAAGCUUGGAAGCUCCUUGUGCUUGUUCUGGAACUGUCAAGUUUGCGCACAGAGAUUGCAUACAAAGGUGGUGUAAUGAAAAGGGCAAUACCACUUGUGAAAUUUGUUUACAGAAAUUCGAAGCUGGCUACACUGCUCCUCCUCCCAAAAAGGCCCAGCUGGUUGAUACUGUUGUGACCGUUAGCGGAAGUUUGGAAGUUCCAAGAAGAGAGCGACGACAGCAAAAUCCAGAAUUAGUAGCCAUAGCUGAAGGACAAAUGCUUGAAACCAACUAUUCAGAAUGCUCAGAGGCAGCCGUUCGGAGCACCACUUGCUGCAGAUCAAUAGCUCUUAUUUUCACGGUUCUCCUGCUAGGGAGACACCUGCUUGCUGUGCUUACAGGAGGAACAGAAGAUUAUCCAUUCACACUUGUCACUUUGCUUAUUAUAAGAGCUAGCGGAAUUGUUCUCCCAAUGUACAUAUUCAUUUGGAUAAUCACAGCCAUCCAAAACAACAUCACACGUCAAUAUCAGGUAUUGGAUGAAGACAGAUUGAACUCAGACGAUGAUGAUGACAACAGCGACGACGAAGAGGAUUAACAGCACAGAAUUGUAGUACAGUCCUAACAGAUCUUCCUUUGCUUCCACUUUAUAUUGUGCUCAGAGCAUUUUUACAUAUCUCAAUGCUCAUAUGUGCGGAAAUUCGCCCUUUCUUGUGGGCAGAAAUGAAAAUAUUUUCAAGAAA